AUGAAGUCAACAGAAGUGGACCAAGGGCUUUUCACAGACAGCUACUGCAAAGUGUGCAGCGCGCAGCUCAUCUCCGACUCCCAGAGGGUUGCCCAUUAUGAGAGUCGGAAACACGCCAACAAAGUGCGGCUGUAUUACAUGCUACAUCCUGUGGAUGGAGGCUGCCCCGCCAAGAAGCUCAGAACAGACAAUGGCAGCGACAAGGGCGACGUGGACAAGAACAAGUGCUGCACGCUGUGCAACAUGUCCUUCACCUCAGCAGUGGUGGCAGAGUCACACUACCAGGGUAAAAUCCACGCCAAGAGGCUAAAACUGCUACUGGGGGAGCAGCCUGUCAUCACAACCAAAGAGACGUCCCCCAGUCCUGUGAAGAGCUCCCCGGAAACGUCUCCCAUGACCUCCCCACGACAGCGCCGUGAUUCAGACCGCUACUGCCAGCUAUGCAACGCCUGGUUCAACAACCCCGGCAUGGCUCAGCAACAUUAUGAUGGCAAGAAGCACAAGAAGAACGCGGCUCGAGCAGACCUGCUGGAGCAGCUGGGGAAGACCCUGGACAUGGGAGAGAUGACGGGCCUGAAACGAAGCCACACCUGUGAAGUCUGCAGCGUCACACUGAACUCAGUGGCACAGUACCAUGCACACCUGCAGGGCUCAAAGCACCAAAACAAUCUGAAGAACCAGAUCUGUGUACAGUGAGCGUCGGCCGAAGAUAAAAACCAACUAUUGGAUUGAUGUCAGACAAGCUGUUGUCAGCUUGUCGCUUCUUCUGCCUCUCCUCCACAUCGUCUGUCUCUCUCUGUCUGUCUGUCUGUCUGUCUGUCUGUCUGUCUGUCUGUCUGUCUCUCUGU